AAAGUCCCAUGGUGCUUAGCGAGAAAAUGGCUGACCGAGAAUGACACACGCUGUGUUUUAUCCAGAAUUUACCAAACCAUUUUUUGAAUACAGUCCUAGUUAAAAUAUAGGCUUAAACAAAUAUCUUUUGAGGUUCGACUGUUUAAUGUAAAUCAUGCUUUCUUGAAUCACGGAGACUGACGCUUCAUUUGUGUUUACCAAUAUCUUGACCCUAACGCGUGUUUUUCACAUCACAACAUGGCCACAGUAGCAGCCAAACGCGAGGGGCCGCAGUUCAUCAGUGAGGUGGCCGUCAGAGGAAACAACGCGGUGCUCGACUACUGCCGCACGUCCGUGUCUGCUCUGUCCGGGGCGACAGCGGGCAUCCUCGGGCUAACAGGACUCUACGGCUUCGUCUUUUAUUUCCUUGCCUCUUUCCUGCUGUCUUUGCUCCUGAUUCUCAAAGCCGGUCGCCGAUGGAACAAGUGCUUCAAAUCUCGACGUCUGCUUUUUACAGGAGGCCUGGUGGGCGGCCUCUUUACUUAUGUGUUGUUCUGGACUUUCCUCUACGGAAUGGUGCAUGUGUACUAAAGGGACUCGGACAGUACAGCAGCCGUGUAGAUGUAGAACAGUAACAUGAUAGAGAUGCUGUCUCAGGGUAGAGAGUGCUGAUUGAUGUAGCACAGAUCUUGACCGUGAUCUUACGUUUAGCCAUUCAAAUUUAAAACAGUUUUCUCAGUACUAAUUGCACUGAACUUUAGAUAUUUAAAAAU